GUGUCGCUGUUCCCGAGGCCGCCUCCCCAUCACCCCUUGCUCCCUAGCCCCACCCCCUCCUUUCCUGUGCCGCCAUUGUAGUGACCGGCUGGUCGCUCCGCACCAUGUCGUCCCACAAGACAUUCAAGAUCAAGCGAUUCCUUGCCAAGAAGCAAAAACAGAACCGGCCCAUCCCACAGUGGAUUCGCAUGAAAACUGGCAAUAAGAUCAGGUACAACUCCAAAAGGAGACAUUGGAGAAGGACCAAGCUGGGCUUGUAAAGAGCUGCUCUGAUGGGAACUCUAAUGACAUGUGUCUCUCCUGCGCCAAGACCUGAAAUAUGCAUUGCUACAAAAACCACCACAGACCCAUUUUGAAGCGUUGAAUCUUGUUGUUCUCCCCUCUCUCCCCCCACAUGCCCAAAAACCAAACCAAACUGCAGUCUUGAAAGAUGACUUUAAUAGACUCUUUGGAAUAUUAUAACUGAAAAAUAAAGACUCUGUUCAAUUAGUGUUCUUUA